AUGAGUGGCUGCACGAGUGCGAGGUCUUCCCUCCCCAACGGCCCGGAUGCGAGCACGCGUUCUUCUUGGCCGCCUUCGUGGCGGCCUUCCUCGUGGUCUUCCACGACUUGCGGUGCAGUCUCCGCUUCCUUCUCGUCCGUAAGAUCACCCUCAAUUCGGAGCCAGAACGUUGAAAUUUUGGAUCCACGCAGUCGUGCGUCCUGCAGGACAGCUUGUGGAUCUCUACACAGGUCCAGCAGCGCUUUGCGUAUCUUUGCAAGGUGGGCUAUUACUGAUGGAGUGAUUGCAGACGCACGUCUGGCUGAUUCGAGCGGGUGCAACAGUUGUUCAGCUUCCGGCGCAUUUUGCUGCGAUGCAUGCUCUGCUACAACCGGCAGAGCUUCAAAAACUUCCACUCAUGCUUCGUCAACAUCAGCUAGUCCAACCUUUGGGUCGCAGUAUAUGAAUAAAGGCUCUCAAGAUUCUGAUCGAAGCGGCCCCUCCACAUACCUGGCUUGGGCCCUAUUAGGGCAGUUCCGCAGAAGUUAUAAGCGAAACGUUCUCUUUCAUCAGUGUAACCAAGUUCUAGGCCAAGGGUAUCUUUUACUUGAGAUCGCAGAAGAUCAAUAUCCAGGACUCCAACGUCCGUUUGGGUCAUUUCGGCUCUACCAGAUGUUGUAG